AUGGAGAGAGUCAACCGCACAUUGGUCACUGAAUUUGUCUUCCUGAAGUUUUCCAGCUCCCCACAUCUCCAGCUUCUCUUCUUCUCCCUCUUCCUUCUGGUCUACCUCUUGUCCCUGGUGGGCAAUGCCCUCAUCGUGCUUGUGGUGGUCCUGGACAGGCGCCUCCACACUCCCAUGUACUUCUUCGUCAGCAAUCUCUCCUUGGUAGAGCUCUGGUACACCACAGUCACUGUGCCCAAGAUGCUGGCCAAUUUUCUGAGUUCCCCAGGGGUCAUCUCAGUUCCCAGCUGCAUCACCCAGUAUUACUUCUUCUUCUCCUUGGCUGCCACCGAGCUCUUCAUCCUCACCACCAUGGCCUUUGACCGCUAUGCUGCUGUUUGUCGCCCACUCCACUACCCACUGUUGCUCAGUCCCCAAACUUGUGGGACUCUGGCUGGGGUCCGCUGGUCUGUGGGAUUCCUCUGCCCCAUGUUCCCCUCAUUCCUCCUCACACAAAUCUCCUUCUUCACCCCCAACCGUAUCAACCACUUCUUCUGUGAUGCUGAUCAGAUUUUCCGUCUCUCCUGCACGGACACGUAUGCCAUCCAAGUUGUGGGCUAUGCCUUUAGCACUGUCAUUAUCCUAGGAGCCCUGUUCUUUACCACGGCUUCCUAUGCCCAAAUCCUGGCCACAGUUCUCGCCAUGUCCUCAGCUGCUGCCCAGCGCAAGGCCUUUUCCACCUGCACAGCCCACCUAUCUGUGGUAACCAUCUACUUCGGCACUCUCAUAUUCAUGUAUGUCCGCCCAGCAGUAAAAUAUGAGUCAAACAUUAACAAGAUUGUGGCCAUCUUCUACUCAGUCAUCACCCCACUUCUCAAUCCUCUUAUUUAUACACUCCACAACAAGGACGUCAAGGAAGCUCUGAAGGUGUUGGUGUUCCGGAUCCAAAGGGUCUGCUACCCAAGCAAGGAGACGCGGUGA